AUGAGGGUUAAAGUGCUUGGAAAUAUUCCAAAUGGCUUAAAACACGCGCUAGCACAGGAAUUAAGCAAAUACAACAGCAAAUCUGAGUUAUUAGAGCGUAUUAACAAGAAUAUCUCUAUUACACCAGGACUUAAAGUACAAUGUGUAAAAUAUAAUGAGCUAUUUAGUAGAAUAUUUAAUACACAAUGUGUAAUAAGAGUUGAUCAAGUAAAAAGUGACCACAAUUUAAAUAUUUCCUUAAAAGGAAAUAAAAGUAUUAUAAAAUAUACUGGGUCUGUGUAUAAUAUAUUAUAUAACAAGAUAGGAUAUAAUAAGCUAUGUGUAGAAAGUAAUUUAUUAUUUUUAAAGGGUUCUUUGUUUUUUUAUAAAUUAAAUAACGGUAAUUCCUUUUAUGGUAAUCAAAAUUUAUUUAAAAUAUUUUCAGUAAUUAACAAUAAUUUACAACGGUUUUUUAUGUAUAAAUAUUUAUUAACAAGCGUAUCCAUUAGUAAAGAAAAGGUUUCUUUAUCGGCUGAGUAUAUUCUUAACAGGAUAAGCAAGGUUUCUGUUGAAUUAGUCAGGGAUAAGUCGUGUACAGUAAAUAGUGUUGAUUUAGUCGUAAAUCCUGUGGAUAAUUUAUACAGUCGUGUUUUGGGUUCAAUCGGGUUAUACCGGGAGAGUAAUAAUGAUACUGGUGUAAAAUCAGGUAUUAAUGCAAAUUUUUAUGGUAAGGGGAUAUUUCCUAUUUGGGAUUUAAAAUAUUUUAUAAAGAAAGAAAAAAUAACUGAAAAUUAUUACCAUAUUUGGAAAUACAAAUUAUUUUCAUUAUUAAAUUUAAAAAAUGAAAAACCCACAAAAAAUAACGGUUUUUUACAAAAUUUAUUAAAAAAUAAUUUAAGGUUCAAUUUUCAAUGUGAAGCAGAUACAGAACUAAAAUAUAAUACACAAUUACUCAAAAGUUCUAGUAAAAAUAAAUUAUUAGGCAUAUUUAACUGUUCUGUUAAUAAAUACAGUGUAUUUAUAGGGGGACUAUUAAAUAAUACGUAUAAUUACAUAAAUACAACAGGAAAUACCCAUAAAAAUGAAUAUUCUCCUGUACUUGGCCUAUCAUAUACACCAAAAAAAAAUAUAUUUAUAGAAAAUACGUCAAUUUAUUGGACAUUGUGUAAUAAAAAAGAAAAAUCAAAUAUUCUGAAAAAAAUUUGCACAUUUGAAAUAAAUAUAACGAAAGAAUUUUAA